AUGGUCAAGUCAGAAACGAUCGCUGCCGCCGCAGCCUCCCUCCUUCUCCUUCCAGGCGUCAAUGGCAUAUAUGCCAAGAACUCGCCUGUUCUUCAAAUCGAUGGCAGAUCCUACGACACCCUGAUCGCAAAGUCGAACUACACCUCGAUCGUCGAAUUCUAUGCGCCAUGGUGUGGUCACUGCAAGAAUCUCAAACCGGCAUACGAGAAGGCAGCCAAGUCUCUUGCCGGAUUGGCCAAAGUCGCUGCGGUGGACUGCGAUGAUGAGUCCAACAAGCCUUUCUGUGGCAGCAUGGGCGUGCAAGGCUUCCCAACACUGAAGAUUGUGAAGCCUGGAAAGAAGCCGGGAAAGCCUAUUGUCGAGGAGUACAAUGGUGCACGGAGUGCCAAGGCUAUCGUCGAUACUGUCAUUGACAAGAUCCCGAAUCACGUCAAGAGGCUGAAGAACUCGGACUACGCUGGAUGGACGAAGGAAGCUGGACCCAAGGCUAUCUUGUUCUCGGAUAAAGGCACUGUGAGCGCACUGCUCAAAUCAGUCGCUAUUGAGUUCUUGGGUGGGCUCGAGGUUGCCCAAAUCCGGGACAAAGAAACAGAGGCCGUUGAAGCAUUUGGUGUCGAGAAGUUCCCUACGCUCGUCUUGCUCCCUGGAGACGGCAAGGAACCUAUGAUAUACGACGGUGAGCUGAAGAAAGAUGGUAUCGUCAAGUUCCUCUCCCAAGUUGCUGCACCAAAUCCGGAUCCGGCACCUAAGGCCAAGAAAGAGAAGUCAUCAAGCUCCAACAAGAGCAAGGCUUCCAAAUCCUCCUCCAAAUUCGCCGAAGCAUCUGCCUCUCAUGCCUCCAAGGAAGCUCAGACCGACGCUGCUUCCCAGACCGACGAAGCGCUCGAGAAUGACCCAACUGAAUCUCCAGAUCCAAAGGUCCAAGCAGAAAAGCCAGCUAAGAUGCCCACUGAUGGUCUGGCGAAACCCAUCACUUCUCUACAGGAUGGUCUGUCUCUUCAGCAGCAAUGCUUGAACGACAAGGCUGGUACCUGCAUCCUCUGCGUCCUACCAGAAGAAGAAACGCCUUCGGAAAAGACGAUCCAGGCCAUCCGCGCUCUCAGUGAGCUUCACAAGAAGCACGAGGCAGCCAAGCGCAAUCUCUUCCCCUUCUAUCAGCUUCCCGGCUCGAACUCCCAAGCUGCAGCACUUCGCAAGAAAUUGGACCUAUCUGCUGGUGACGUGGAAAUCAUCGCGGUCAACGGAAAACGCAGCUGGUGGAGACACUACACCGGGGGAUCUUUCACACUCGAGAAAGUGGAAGACUGGGUCGACGCCAUUAGGAUGGGAGACGGAAAGAAGUCAGACAUACCGAGCGGCAUCAUUGCCAAGAAAUCCGAGCUUCCAGAGGCUCAGGUCAGGCCUGAGACUGGUGACGAGACGCCUGACCUUGAAGCUUUGAGGGAGCAACUGAAGGGCCAGACCCCAGAGGGAAUGGAAUACGUGCUCGAAGAGAUUACUGACGAGGAAUACGAGAAAUUGAUGAACCAAGGUGGAACGGGAGAGCCAGGCACGCCUUUGGAAGAAGCCAAAGCGCCGGUCGAAGACCAUGACGAAUUGUGA